UGGUUCUGGUCUAGCGAUCUACGGUAGUACACGGUCUUCUCGGCCAAUCCUUCCACCGAUUUCGACAGCACGGGCUUCCGCGGUGACGGAGCUACCAUCGGGACUGUUUUCAGCAUGGCCAACGUCGUGAGACCGCUCGUUCCGGAACUGGCCGAAAAGGCGCGCCAAGAGCUGAACGAAGUGCCGGGCCGGAUGGCGGAAGAUUUGGGCGCGUUGCGCGCCUGGCUACUGAAGCAGCCUCACCUCAACCCGCGGACCGACGAUCAGUUUUUGGUGAACUUCUUACGCGGCUGCAAGUACAGCCUGGAGAAGAGCAAAGAGAAGCUGGACAACUACUACACGGUCAAGACGGCCAUUCCGGAGUUUUUCGAAAACCGUGACCCGCACGACAGAACCUUGCAAACCUACAUGACCUUCGGUGUAAACCUCCCGCUACCGCACACACUUGAAGUGGACGGACCACGGUUCAUGUUGGUGCGAAUGGGUGCGUACGAUGCCACGAAGUACUCGAUUGUGCAUGUGAUGAAGGUGUGCUAUAUGAUAACUGAUCUGCUGCUGGUGAAUGACGAUACUUCCAUAAUUGCGGGACACAUGGUACUUGUAGACCUGAGGGGACUCACCUUCGCCUGCAUGUCACAGUUCAGCCCAACGUUCAUCAAAAAAAUGACCUCCGUCAUCGAGGCGUUCCCCAUCCGCACCCGAGGCAUCCAUUUCAUAAAUCCUUCGUCCGGAUUCGACGCUCUCUACCGACUGUUUCACGGAUUUUUGAGCAAAAAGAUCCAGGAACGCAUCCAGGUGCACGAAUCGUUCGAAGCGCUGCAUAAGGUGGUACCCAAGAAGUACCUGCCGGAGGAGUACGGCGGCAGUGGCGGGCGCUUGAACGAUAUCAUCGAGGACUGGCGCCUCAAACUUAUCGCCGAGCGUGCCUUUUUCGCGGACGAUGCCAAAUAUCGUAACGACGAGCGAAAACGACCGGGCAAGCCGAAGAACGCGAGUACCCUGUUUGGCGUGGAAGGCUCGUUCCGAUCGCUGGAGUUUGACUAGCGACCAUGCGUUUCUCACUCACUGCCAAUGAUGUUGCACUAUCUAAUGACCGUUCCGGAAUAAAGUCACCUGUCAU